AUGGGAAACCAUAAUAGUCACGACAAGCCUAGCACAGAUGGAAGUGGCAGUGGGGCUAGUACACCUCGAGGGUCGACUCGUGGAGCUAGAUCGGGUUCCAGCGGAGAGCUACAAGGUCACACAGAUAAGCCGGAACCUCCUGCGCCCUUGUCGCUCGUGCCUGUAGAAAAACUAGGAAAGUUGCUGGCCCAACGGUCACAAAAGGAGGAUGGCGUCAAUGGUGUCACAGAAAAUUCUUUUACGAAAUAUCUAUUUCCCCGGUAUCCGGAACUGGCCCGUCAGUUCUAUUGGUAUAUCCACAGACUGGGCAAGUGCAAGAAUAAGCAUAUCCCCCUAAACACCUUCCGUCACCAAUGCGAACGGAUUCUCGCCAUACUGGAUGACAAUGUUAUUAUUGAUACAUAUGUCAGAAUGUUCUGCACGGAUCCUGAAGAAGCCAAGGUAACCCCGGAAGAUUUGCGUAGUCUACUUUAUGUCAGCUAUAAACUGUCUAUGGACUACUAUCCAGAAGGACCCCAGACCUGCAUGCAGAUUAACAAGACGUUAAAUGCGGUAGUCAAUGGAUGUUACAAUAAGAAGGAGUCACACAGUGUUGGAUUUGUGGUACGCUGGUUGGAGGAACAUUGUCAUCGACUCAUCUUUCCUGUACACAGAUACUGCGUCCAUUUAUUAGCCACUCGUCACCGUGAAUUGGAAUCCCAACUGGAUUCCAGUCCCGGUGAAAGUGGAACUGGAAUUGAGUUGGCCACGCCCGUAUUGGACCGAGUGGGCCCUCGUGCUGCAUUAUUGCCUGUUUCUGCUGCUUGGCUGGUCGCUGCAACAUUGUCACAGCUAUACACCCGCCCGCUUAAGCCUCCACCGGUAACAACUAGUGGUGGGGGCAGCGCGAGCGCAGCCUGGAUGUCGAGACUAGUCUGUGCGUUGCCUUCACAUUGGGUGCCGCUUUACUCCUCUAACGAACACGGUCUGGGAGCCAAUCGAUUUUUGCAUCAUACGCUCGCGUAUAGAGGUCCUACACUAGUGGUGGUGUCUGGGAAGGCGGAAUGUGGUGAAACAGUAACAGUGGUGGUGGCGUCGCCGCAGGAGUGGCGAGAGACACAUCAGUAUUGUGGCGGACCAGACUGUGCCCUAGUACAGCUUUACCCAACGUUCUCGCUGGUUGAGCGCGGUCCUCGAAUGCUAUACCUUAACACAUGUAUACGUGGAUACCCAAAAGGACUUCGCGCUGGUGCUGACCCUCGAUCGCCACAACUCUCUGUUAACGAGGGCUUUGAUGGCUUUACGUUUCAGGGAGCGCCUUAUCCGCUUAAUGCUAUUGAGGUCUGGGGUUGCGGCGACGGUGCAUUGCGCGAGUCACAGUUGGACGUCAAGAAGUGGCAAGUCAAAGAGGCUGAGCGGCAUAGAAAUGUAAAGAUAUCGGCAGCUGAUUGGAUCGAACAUCCUGAUAGAUAUUUACUUCAAAUGGCCGGCCGCCCUCAGUAUAAUACAACUGCUUCAUAG